AUGGCUGACACUACCCUCUUUGUCCACCUGGUCUUCAGCGCGUUGGCGAUACUGAUCUGCAUUACGAGACUGAUUGCGAAAAGGACCAUAUUCAAACGACUCCACACCGCCGACUGGCUCGUCAUCGCUGCCAUCUUGUGUGCUGCCGCGAGAACUGCCCUUAUAUAUGUGGUGCUUACCUGGGGCACCAAUAACCUCUCAGCUUCCGCGCGUGCUCGAAUCGACUUUACACCGCAGGAGAUCUACCAAAGGACAAUUGGAAGCAAAUUCGCUAUAGCGAAUAGGCCAAUCUACAACACAUAUCUCUGGCUACUCAAAUUAGUGUUGCUCGAUUUCUUCUGCCGCCACUUCCACACGAGCGGAAACUCAAAGCGCAUAAUUCGGUGGUCAUACGGAUCAGUAUUCUUCGCUACCUGGGCGGCGGCAUUCAUUGUUGGAUUCACCGAGUGUGAUCCAGUCUCCAAAUACUGGACCGUAGUCCCGGCACCAGGAAAGUGCACCCAGGCGCAGGUACAGCUCAUCGUCCUCGGUGUUUUGAACAUCGCGACUGAUUUGAUGUUGUUGCUCUUACCACUGCCAACACUCUUCUCCCUGCAAACUCCAUGGAAGCGCAAGGUGAGACUGAUUCUGAUCUGUACCCUCGGCAUAUUCAUCAUCGCUGUCACGGUAAUUCGGCUACCCAUCAAUGCCCUGAAUGCCAGUAUUCAGGCCAACCGCACCGUCUGGGCGAGCACGGAACUUCUCACCGCAGCUAUAGUUGCUAAUGCUCCUGUUCUCUACGGCGCUUUCAACAAAGCUCGGCGUGGCAGAGGCAAACCAUUUGAUGGUCUGGAACAGGAGGCACAAGGCGCGGGCGCUUCGGUUCCCAAUCGUGGUGGUUACUGUCACCAGCUGGCUGUACGCAGGAAUCAGUACGACGACGAGGAUUUGAUGUUGAAGACGGACGAUUGGUCCRAGGAUCCUGCAUGUGUGUUCCAUGCGAAUAUCGCUCGUCGAGCUGAGCAGGGAGGCACCGAGUGA